AUCGCGAGAAGGUGGAGUUCGAUUAAAAUUGCCCUGUUCAUGGGAUUGCGAGUGAGGAGAGCAUAUUUGGGCGAGUUUGUGUGCGACCAGGCACGCCGCCAGCGAUGUCUCCGCUGUUUAGAACUUGCAUGCUCCUAGCGGGGUUUGUUUUAUUCUACAUCGCUUACCUGCUUUUAGGGGCGCUUGUAUUCUCGUAUAUCGAGGGUCCGGUGGAGGAGCAACUAAGAACGGACUUGACGUCUCUCAAACAACAAUUCCUUAACCAGAGCUGCGUCAACGCAUCGCAGUUGGACGAUUUUUUGGGAAAAGUUUUGAAGGCCAACAAGUACGGUGUCUCAGUACUCCGAAAUGCUACAACCCAUUCAAAUUGGGAUCUGGCCUCCUCAUUGUUCUUCGCGAACACUUUGGUGACGACAGUAGGGUAUGGCCACACCACGCCCCUGUCGGACGCGGGCAAGGCCUUCUCCAUCAUCUACGCGCUGGUGGGCGUUCCCUUCACCAUGCUGGUCCUGGCGGCCUGCGUCCACCGGCUCAUGCACCUGCUGACGUACGGACCCCUGGGUGUCCUGCAGCAGCGCGCGGGCAUGCAGCCACGCCUGGCCAGCACCGUCCACUUCGCCCUGCUCCUGCUCCUUGUGGUGCUCUGCUUCUUCGCCGUGCCUGCGCUCAUCUUCAGCGCCAUCGAGGACAACUGGUCCUUCCUGGACGCCUUCUACUUCUGCUUCAUAUCUCUCUGCACCAUCGGCCUGGGCGACUUCGUGCCGGGCGAGCAGCAGAUGCAGCAGAACAGGGCGCUCUACAAGAUCUCUGUGAUGGUCUACCUCUUUGUUGGUUUGAUGGUGAUGUUCCUUGUUCUGCGUACGUUCCACAAGUUGGCCGACCUCUACGGUCUGACGGCGUUCCUCCACUUACCCAGCUGUGAUGAGGACCUGGCAGAAGACAAGGAGCCCAUCGUGGAGGAAGGCCGUGAAGACGACCCUCCAGAAUCGAAGGCAGUUACCAAGCCCUUGGACCCAAGCUCCCAAGUGUCCUACAACUCCAUCAGCAGAUGAAGGACUCUAGUACUUUUGCGCCUCUGUAUUUUUUAUUUUUUUUCCUCUUUGUGUUUGUUUUUGUUUGUUCGUUUUAUUUAUUUGUUUUUAAUGGGUUUCAGUGAUUACGUCAUCACCUCAUCCCCUAUCCUAUGAAUAGAACGUGGCCAAAGGGGAAUAGUGGGGGCCAAGCUUUGGCUGGUGCAUCCCAGUGGCCAGGGUAUAUAGGUUUGACCCCACAAGAGAACACCCGAGAACAAAUAGGAUCAAAUGUGUUUGUGCUAUAGUACAGUGGACAGAGGUGUAGCAAUGGUUGAUAUUUGCUGAUUUUUUUU